GAGAGAAAUCAAGAGCUUAAAAUUUUCACAAUCUAAAGAGAUAAGCCAUGUUAAAACAAUGUUGGAGUCUUGGAAGUGCUCUUCAUGUCAACCAUCUGAAGAGUUGCCUCAGAAUUGUGAGGCAGCAGCAGUUUCUGAGAAUGGCGGGCCUUUAGACAACCAAGAGAGAAACAUUGAACUGCAGCCUAUAGGGAUCAUUAGCACAGGAUUUGUUCAGAAACGGGCAAUACCGAGGCAACCCAAUGUUAACUCUAAUAGUCUUGGGAAGGUUUCUCUUUUCAACUACAUUUUUACCAACCCUGAACACUCAUUAGAAGGUUUAGAUGGCUUUUCACAUAUGUGGAUACUAUUCUACUUCCAUCAGAAUCAGUCCAAUCAUAUCAGAGCCAAAGUUGCUCCCCCAAGAUUGAACGGUAGUCGUGUUGGAGUGUUCGGAACAAGGUCUCCGCAUCGACCCUGUCCUAUUGGCCUCUCACUGGUUCAAAUCAACAAAGUUGAAGGAUCUUCUGUUUAUUUCUCUGGAGUAGACAUGUUGGACGGCACACCAGUAUUGGAUCUGAAACCCUACAUACCGCACUAUGACAACCCUGUGGAGCUCAAUGUGGACUGGGAUGGGCAGUGUGGGGUUCCCACUGAAACUGAGAGGUUGGAACUGGACGGGCAGGAGUCUGACCCGGAAAGUGCAGGGCCCUCCACUGUCACUCUCCGAGCCCCUACUACCAUAGUGGGGGGUGUAGAUUCAGAACGGGAGGCUCCAGACGGAGAGGAGGGAGUCAACCCAGCAGCUUCUCUCCUGCUCGGCACCAGCUCCUCCCCCUUGCCAGCACAUAGGCAUAUCCGUGUUCCAGACUGGAUCUCUCAGUCAUCAGUAUCACAGCUUCAGGUGAUGUUCACACCACAAGCAGAGAAUAUUCUUUCUUCUCUUCAAGGGGAGACUAACAUACAGAGAAUAAUAACGGAUGUUUUGCGUGAAGAUCCUCGAUCCGUGUACUUACGUGACAGAUACGCUAAUCAGUUCUAUACGUUUCUAAUUAAUAACUACCAUGUGAGUUGCAAGUUUGAUGACAAUAACCACAUAGUGAAGGUGUUCCGUAUCGUGUCUGCAGGAACACUCUGUGAGUGUGGACACCCGGAGUGGCAGUGUUCUACCCAUGGUGGGAGUAUUGAAUCUUAACUUCACCUUAAGUCAUAUUUUGCUUGAUUGUUACCUGUGAUUCACAUUUAAUUUUUUUAAACAUUCUGAUCACUCAAGUGCAAUAUACACAUUUGUACAUUG